AGGUCUUUCUGACAAUCGACUCACUGGUGCAAUUCCCACUGUAAUAGGCAACCUUUUCUAUCUGCAAUACCUGUCACUUUCUGAAAACCGGCUCAGUGGCACAAUUCCUGCUACAAUCAGCAACCUUCCAGUGCUGAGUUAUCUUGGUCUCUGCCGCAACUACCUCACAGGCCCCCUUGUCAAUCUCCUCCCAUUCUCCCAAGCGGACUUGACCGACAACUUCCUGUCGGGUGUUGUGUCUGCACCAGACUGCCGGCGACUCAACAUCGCAGCCAACUGCUUCUCACCAAACAAAGCAUGCCGCCCUGCCAUGCAGCGGCUUGCAGCACAGUGCAUGGCAUUCUGUGGCAUCUAUCCAACCGCUUCUGCCUGUGGUGGUCACGGCGUGUGCUACCCAGAUGGGCCUAGUUUGGUGCCAACGUGCCUGUGUGAUGCGGGAUCAUUGCAGCUUGGAGGAAUCACCUGUAUUUCAGGAGGUGACAAAAAUUGUUAUGCUUUCCAAAUGGCAAAGCACAGGCUUUGU